CCUCGAAGAACCCCCCAAACCCUGACGCCCCGUCUCCCAGUCGCGUAAUCCGCCCGCCAUGGGCCCUGAAGGGACAGUCUUCCGUAGCGCGGCCGAGAUGAAGGUCUGGCGCUCGCCGGCGCCUUUGGGCCACGGUCCGUGUAGCACGUCGAUCCCGAUGAUGCGCUUAUGCUUGUAGCCGAAGUUGGCGGGAAAAGCGCUGAUGACAAAAGAUCUGGAGGGGAGGCUCGGUUCGGAGCUGCUGCUGUUCGUGUCGUCAUCGGAGCAGGCGGAGGAAUGGGUGGCGCCAGGGGGCAGCGGGUUGAUGGGGUCGGUGAUCGUGCGGCGGAAGGCGGUGCCCCAGGAUGUAGUUGAGAAGGAGGCUGUGGCAGUAGAGUUUUGGAUGAGGAGCGUGCGCUUCAUGGGGGUAUUUUGGAUGACAUUUUCUGCCAUUUCGGGUUUGCUCGUUACGGCGAUGAAGGAGGAACUGUCCUUCAGCCUCUUGAAUGUCUCGAUCUCCACCAUGGAAGUCAAGGUCUUGAGCACGGCGCGGCGCUCUGCCAGAUUCACUGGUGGGGGGUCACAUUUGAUAAAGAGUGUCCGGGAGCUCAGAGAUGAGGGCAAGGCUCUGGCCAGCGCCGAAGCGGAGUUCGUCGUGGACAUCUUAGCCCUGUGUGACCCCUACGGCAUGUCAAAUGCCUCGUAGAUUGACAUUGGACGUAGUCAAUUGAUCUCGGAGAGAUGAAGUACUUUGCCAGAAAAGGACCCCAAUCCUGAGCAAGAAGGUGCGUGGGCGCGAUGGAGCUUUGACCAAACUUCAGAACCUUCCUUGCAACGGGUCCUUCAAGUCGGCGCCCCACCACAACAACUUGCAGG